CUAGCCCCACGACCUCCCCGCCUCGACCAUUCCCGUGGACUCCCCGGCUGCCUCCCCUCCCUGCUGUGCUGCCCCGCUCCAGCAUUCCCACCCCCCACCCCGCGCGGCGGUUCGCCGGAGCGAGCAGAACAGCCGGAGGGCACGUCGGAUCCGCCGCCGCCAAGAUGAACGACGCCGAUGUCUCCAAGCAGAUCCAGCAGAUGGUGCGGUUCAUCCGCCAGGAGGCCGAGGAGAAGGCCAACGAGAUCUCCGUCUCCGCCGAGGAGGAAUUCAACAUCGAGAAGUUGCAGCUUGUUGAAGCUGAGAAAAAGAAGAUCAGGCAAGAGUAUGAACGAAAAGAGAAGCAGGUUGAAGUACGCAAGAAAAUUGAGUACUCUAUGCAGUUGAACGCUUCUCGCAUCAAAGUUCUUCAAGCUCAGGAUGAUCUAGUUAACAAAAUGAAAGAGGAUGCCAUGAAGGAACUCCUUCGUGUCAGCCACAACCACCAUGAAUACAAGAACCUUUUGAAAGAUCUAAUUAUUCAGGGCUUGCUCCGGUUGAAAGAGCCAGCUGUCCUGCUCCGUUGCCGUAAAGAGGACCACCAUCAUGUGGAACAUGUACUGCAUUCAGCAAAGCAUGAGUAUGCAUCAAAAGCAGAUGUCCAUCAACCAGAGAUAUUCGUUGACCAUGAUGUGUAUCUGCCACCUGCCCCAAGCCAUGAUGAUGCUCAUGGCCAGUUUUGCUCUGGAGGUGUUGUCCUGGCUUCUCGAGAUGGAAAGAUCGUGUUCGAGAGUACACUUGAUGCGAGACUGGAAGUUGUUUUCCGCAAGAAAUUGCCAGAGAUCCGGAAGCUUCUUUUUGGUCAGAAUGCAGCCUAAUCGACCUAUCCGACGAUGGUACAGCUGCGUCUAUGUAAUGGCUGCUGGUACCACCCCUGCAGCCGUAAGCGACUCCGCCUGUUUUUGCCAAAUUGAUUGUUUAAAGUAUUCAUCCCCUAUGUACAAACUACCUAUUUGUUCAUUAUUACCGCCGAGCACCGACUGUUUGCACUCUGUUUGCUCCGAGGAAUAAGAAUAAAGCACCGCCAGACUUUCCACUGCGAAGCUGAAUAAAUAUUGUAAAUCAUUUGUUGUGCAAAACUGUCUGUUUUGGGCCUGACGAGCUGUAUA